AUGGUCUUUCAAAAUUUAGCAAUGCGUGAUAAAAUGAUCUGCCUGGCUGUGAGUAAGAGUUGGAAUAACUUUCUUGAGUGUACGAAGACUCUGUGGACCACACUUUAUACAAGUCGUGCAUGUCAGCCCAUUUCAUUAAAAGCAUUGGAACAAUAUCUUAAACGCUCUGAUUCUACAGUUGAUAAUGCCCUACUCCACCUAGAAUCAUUUGCAGAUAAGGCAAAUAUGGAAUAUCUCACGAACACAUGUCACAGAUUGAUAGAUCUGAGAAUCCAUGGCGAAGGAACUUUAUCACAGUCACAGGCCGCUUUCUUGGCCACAGCCAAAGGAAUUCAAAAGCUUCAUUUGUCGCAAGAUACUCAAGUUACCUGUCAAACAAUGGUCUUCAUAUCCGAUAUUUGCCGCCAGACGUUAAAAGAAGCUAAAUUUUUGCAUGUCAAAGAGAAGGAAAUUAGAGCAGUAACAUCAUGGCCCAGGAUGAAUGCCCUCACAAGUAUCCACAUGGAUUUCGUUGGCUUUUGUGCGUUGAAUUUGUCAAAAUUAAUUGAAGCUACCCCAAAAAUCCGAUCUGCUGCGAUCAACGACUGCCAAUCGCAUGAAACUUCUCGGCUGGAUAUGACGCCCUGGCCUAAUUUGGAAAGACUAGUACUCACGAAAACCAAAAUCUAUUAUUUUCCCAAACUCCCACCAGGAUUAAAACAUCUAAUACUUGACGGAAGUUGCAAUUUAUAUCCAAGUAGUAUCGAUGAUGACAAUAGUAUUUUCUCACUUCCAUUUUUGGAGACCUUUUCAUUCCAAGAUAACAAUAUCGAUAUUCCGCAAAUAUUUGCAAUAACUGAAAGCUGCAUUCGAGCCAAUAACCUGAAAAUAAUUCGCCUCGGUGGAAUUGCAAUACCUUAUCCAUCAGACAACUCCCUCUGCGAUUACUUCCCCGCCUCGUCUACAGUAGAGGAACUCUCGAUGAAAGAACUUGAUAUGUGGGAUGAAGAUGCCACCGAGAUAAUUAAAUUGUAUCCAAGUCUCAAAAAAAUUGAUCUCUCUAACACUCAAAUUACAAAAGCUACCGUUAUGGAGCUAGUUGAUAGAGGUGUGGAGUCAAUCAUUAUUAAUGACUGCGAUAAAGUGUAUUCUAACACGGUCAAAAUGGCAAGGGCAAAAGGCGUGUAUGUUUCCUACAAAUUCAUUGACGACACGGACUCUACAAGUGGGGAGAGGGAAUCGUAA